GCUUCGCUCUCCUUGCACGCGAGCGAGCGCGAUCUGAAGCUAAGGUGCAACAGCUAAUCAUGCGCAUCCGCAGGGGAAUUAGCGGAGGUAAUGUGCGAUAGAUAACGUAGCGGUGUACUCCGCGAAGGCUGUCUGACGCUGGACUCCAGUCCGCUUUCGCGUAACGCACUCGGUCUCCCAACGAAUUCAGAUUGAGCUAGUUUUGGGACAAUCAGAAUUCGUGCAAAAGCGGAAGAAGUUAUAUCUUGUCUCGUCGGACAUCUGGCGGUAUAUGAGGUAUCCAAAUCCCAGCCUAGCGGACGUGGGCCGAGUGCAGCGGGAGAGGUGAGGCACACUGACGAUUAGAGCCUCCUUCUGGCCGCCCAGGGUAUAUAUAUCACACGCGGCUGCCCUUGCGCGAGUCCAGCAGCUCACCUUUUCCUCUUCCAACUCUCCAUUAAGACGACGCUGUCCUUCUAGUGAGCCAUGGGCCACUUUUACGAUGAGAUCCCGGACGACCCGAAACUGAUUGAGUGGAUCAAGGAGCAGAAGAUAUAUCAUGUCGCUUCCGCUCCAUUGAAAGGCGAACAUGUCAAUGUAUCUCCCAGGGCGUACCAGAGCUUCAAGCUCGUCAGCCGUAAGGCGUGCUGGUUUUUGGAUCUUUCGGGCUCAGGGAACGAGACCAUCUCGCAUUUGUACGAGCCAGGAAACGGUCGUAUCACUAUCCUUUUCCAGGCCUUCCAAGGCCCACCUCGCAUCGUCCGACUUUACGGCAAGGGCAAAGUAUUUGAAGCUGGCACCCCGGAGUUCGACAAACUUUUGCAGCCGUCCAAUGAGCCAGAGGAGAUAGACUUCCCCACUCCCGAAAUGAUGCCAGGAGCGCGCGCCAUCAUCUGGAUUGACAUCACACGGGUUGGUACCGCCUGCGGUUUCGCAGUACCAUUCAUGAAAUUCGAGGCAGAGCGGGAGCAGCUGAUCACCGUAUCAGAACGCAUGGAAGAGCGAGACGCAUCAGUCGACGAUCCAUACCAACUGCAUCAUGACAAGGGCUUGAAGAGCUAUUGGGUCAGGAUUAACUCCUGGUCGGUAGACGGCUUGCCAGGGAUGAAGCAAUGCUUUUCGCGUAUGACGCCUGAGAGUAUUCGGCAGGCUAUGGAGCAAGUUGGUAUCAAAAACCCAACGCUAUCGCCACUAGCGCUGCCGCCACCAUCGCAGGACUCGAAAGGCGGUAAGGCUCACGAACUGACUUUGCUGUCCAUCGGCCUGCUGUUGGGUGCGUUGUUAAUGUCAGCGAUACAGCGAAGGUUACAAAGUGCAGGCUUUGCGUAGGAGACUCUUGUACCCAUGUAUAGAUUUCACACGGCGUAUGUAAUGUUAUCGCAUAUCGGCGUAGC